CAAAUUUACCGGUACCAGGCCACCGCUGCCAAUUUCCCGGCAAGGCAGUUAAUUCGCGCGCCCCUCAAAUCCCUGCCCGAAUAGGAGCAGUUGAAGCGCGCUUUCUCGUGGCCCCUGCCCUUUCUCUUUCCCGGUCCCGGAGUCAAAUCAAAAUUCAUAUAGGGCAGAGAUUCCAAUUUCCCAUUGCUUUCAUUCCAAUCUAAUCUUGGGACCUCUUUUGCCUCGUUUUCCCAGCACCCAAUCAGCCCGGCCCCAAAAAUUCUUACCUUUUCGGAGAAACGAAAGAAAGAUAAAGUGUGCAGCUUUGGAUGGAAAUCGAAAGUAGGGAAUGUAGCUAACGGUCACUGUUCUAGUCUGAUUCUUGCAGCAGGGCUCUGAGGGUUUCUUUUUCCCCUUCGAAAGAGAAAGGAUACCUAGAAUCCCUAUAGUGGCCGAUUGUGUGGUAAUUUCACUCGUCUACCUCUGAUAAGGUUUCUUCCGAGCAAAGAUGAAUGCUCCAUUGGAGUCUACUUUGUGGGAUAUACUUGGUGUGAUUGAACCUCAGAGGGAUGAUUGGCUGUUUCGGCAAAGAAUCAUUCAAGAAUUACAAGAUGUAGUAAGAACAGUUCCAAGUCUUAGAGGUGCGACUGUGGAGCCAUUUGGAUCAUUUGUGUCCAAUCUAUUCACUCCAUGGGGGGACUUGGAUAUUACUGUUAUGCUAGAUUAUGAUUCUUACAUUUCGUCUGCUGGGAAGAAGAGGAAGUUGUCUUUACUUGGGGAUGUCUUAAGAGCUUUGAAGGAGAAAGGUGGAUGGUGGAGGUUGCAAUUUAUCCCACAUGCAAAAGUUCCUAUUUUGAAAUUUGAGAAAGGACGCCCUGCCAUUUCAGGGGAUAUUUCAAUUGACAACCUUGGGGGCCAGAUGAAGUCCAAAUGCUUGUUCUGGCUCAACCAAAUAGAUGGACGGUUUCGACCAUUGGUGUUACUGGUUAAGGAAUGGGCCAAAACCCAGAACAUCAACAGUCCGAAGUUUGGGACACUUAACUCGUACUCCCUUAGUUUGCUUGUGCUCUUUCAUUUCCAGACGUGUGAGCCAGCUAUCUUUCCUCCACUUCAGGCUAUAUACCCAACAAAUCUUGUUGAUGACCUUACAGGUGUGAGGGAAACUGCUGAAAAAACUAUCGCCGACCUUUUUCAUGCCAACAUAAGAAGAUUUAUAGCAGACAGAUCCAGACCCGUGAACAGAAGUUCGUUGUCUGAGCUUUUUGUUUCCUUUCUAGCAAAGUUUUCAACCAUCAGUCUGAAGGCCCGAGACUUUGGAAUUUCCCCAUUUACAGGGCAAUGGGAAGAGAUAAACAAUAAUACAAGAUGGUUUCCCAGGACUUUUGCGCUCUAUGUAGAGGAUCCGUUUGAACAGCCUGCAAAUACUGCAAGGACUGUCAGUGUUAGAAACCUAGACAGAAUACAGGAAGUGAUUCAGAGAACCCAACUUACCAUUUUGUCCCCCAAUCUGACUUGGAUCGAUCUUCAUCAGUUGCUGGUGAAGCCGGAGCUGAGUCGGGUGAUCCUGUUUAGAAAGCAGAACCAGAAUGGUAGUGGGCAAAUGAUGCAUCCUCUUCCACAGCAGCAGCUGCCGCAGACAAGGAAGCAUGUGCAUUCUCCUUCUGCACCGGUUAUAGCAGCUCGGGUUCAGAGUGCAAGGCCAGAGAAUCAGUUGAGAAGCCGGAUAAAUGGGAAUCAUCACAUUCACGGGUUAUCAUCAAAUCCCAAGCAAGGAACAUAUUCCAACAGUGCUGUCCCGGAAGAGAGUAACCCAAACAAGUGGAGUAAGCAAGGGAUGCAGCAGCAGCAGCAGCAGCAAAGGGGGGAUGUCACUAAUAGUAGGCAGCAGCUGUGGAGGCCAAGGUCACAACAAAGUUAGUGGCUCGUAGCAUCAGAGCUUCAUAUACCUAUAUCAAAUUGUUUUGGUGGCCUCUCUUAUAAACGUAUUAGAGAACCCGCCUAUGAACGAAUGCACAAAGUUGCUUUCUGCUGCUGCAGCUAACAACAGUUCUGUUACCACUUUUUACUCUCUUUGUUUAGAACUGCGAAGCCAGAG